AUGCAGUCCGGCUUACCUCCGAUCUUUUGGGCUGAAGCCAUCAACACGGCCAACUAUUUGCGGAACAGAUGUCCAUCCAAAAGUCUGAACGGGUUAACACCAUACGAAAAGUGGACUGGAAAGACUCCCGACGUUUCGCAUCUCAGAGAUUUUGGUUGCAAGGUCUUCUGUCUAAACCAAGAUCAGGCCAAGGGGAAGCUAGACGCAAGAUGUAAGGAAGGAAUUUUCAUAGGGUAUUCGGAACAAACGAAAGGAUACAAGGUCUGGUUUCCGAAGGAGAAUAAAUUCGUAGUCACGAGGGAUGUUAAGUUCUUGGAAAACGCAGAAGUCACAAGCCAAGAAUGGACAGAUUUUAUUCUGGAAGGAUCAUCCAAGGAGAAUGAAUCUGAGACGCAUACUAUCGAAGUACAGCUAUCCCCAGUUGUCGAGAACGAAAAUCCAGAACAUGAAUCUCCUACAACGGAACAAGUAGAGCCCGAGGUUGAUAACGAUUCUGAGCCACCUAGGCGUGCCCGCGGGAGACCCAGAAUUCGGCGAACUGGUUCGAGGGGAAGACCUAGAAAGAUAUACAGGUACAGGACACCCCCGAGAGGUUCAGCACUCUCUUCUGAAGAGGUAUUACUGUCCGAGGUCCCGAUGCAUCAGGCAGUCAGAGGCGAGGACGCUGACGAAUGGCACAAGGCGAUGGAAGACGAAGUGGCAUCUAUCUUGAAGAAUGGUACUUGGGAAUUAAUCGACCGACCAUGUAACCAGCACAUCGUUGGAAGCCGUAUUGUCCUGAGAAACAAGUACAAGCCUGAUGGAACUAUAUUAUUAUUAUCAUUAUAA